AUGGCGUUACCAAGAGGUGCUUUGGAUGAUAGAUUUCAGGAUACGGAUUUUAAUCUCUCCACUGUUCCCAAAGAGGAUCUCGAAGAGCUAAUGGCCACUGUUGAAAGAGGGAAUAUUUCAGAAAUUGUUUCUAAAGUACAGGAAUCCCUAGAGCAGUUGGAAAACAUGAAACUCAACAUCGCCAUCACGGGGGAGUCGGGAUGUGGGAAAUCAUCCUUCAUCAAUGCCAUGCUGGGUCUGGAUGAUGAGAAUGAAGAUGCAGCCAAGGUUGACGUGAUAGAAACAACAAUAGAGCCAACUCCUUAUCCUCAUCCCAAACACCCAAAUGUUACCAUGUGGGACCUGCCGGGAAUGGGGACACCAAGUUUCCGGCCUGACAGUUACCUCCAGCAGGUCAAUUUUGCCAGUUACGAUUUCUUCAUUAUCAUCGCUUCUGAGCGGUUCAAAUCCAUCCAUGCUGACCUGGCCCAGGAGAUCCAAAGAAUGGGGAAGAAAUUUUACUUUGUGCGCUCCAAGGUGGAUGUAGACUUGUAUAAUGAAAAGAGAAGGGAAAACUUCAGUGAGGAGACCACCCUGAAGAAAAUCAGAGACGAUUGCAUGAAGAAGUUGCAGGGAGCAGGGGUGACCUCACCACAGGUUUUCCUUGUCUCCAGAUGUGAAUUUGGCAAGUACGAUUCUCCUCGACUGCAGGAAACUCUGGCAGAUGAGCUUGACUCUCACAAGAGGCACGUUUUCCUUCUUUCCCUGCCCAGUAUUUCCAGACCCAUCCUGGAAAGGAAGAAGGAAGCCCUGCUGAGUCAGAUCUGGAAACAAGGCCUGGUGUCCAGCAUCAUUUCUGCAUUUCCUAUUCCAGGUCUUUCUUUUGCUUAUAAUGUUUGUCUAUUGAGGCACUGCAUGGCAAGUUACCGCAAGAACUUUGGCUUGGAUGAUGACUCCCUGGUUAACCUUUCCAAGAUGGUUGGGAAGCCCAUUGCAGACUUGAAGGCAGUGAUAAAGUCUCCGCUAGAAGAAGAAAUGUCAAUCCAUGAUAUUUUACGUCUUCUGGGCAAGGCUGAAAAUCAUUACAUGACGUUAACUGAGCCCGUCUUCCGUAUGAUAUUUAAUAUCCAUGUAAUAUUAAGGUCUUUUCCAGUCACAUACGCCACACUGAAGCGCAUUCUAAAUGAUGUUGCAGAAGAUGCCGAAAGGGUCCUGACCAAAGCUUUGGAGGCAGAAGAGAAAAAUUAA